AUGAUAGAGAGCCAACCUCUUCACCGUUCUGGUUUUUCUCUUGGAAGAAUUAUCUUCGCUGUCGAAAUCGUUGCUGCACUUCCUCUUCCCACCGAAAUCCAAUCAGAAGGCAACUCAUUUGAUAACUAUUCUACACCUCCACCACCUUCACUUUCACCUUACAAUUACUACACCAAUUACUCUGAUAACUAUUCUAGUGGCAGUUACUUUCCCGGUUAUUAUCCUGGUGGUGCGUACCCACCACCACCACCGCCACACCCUUUCUUUGAAUGUACUGGAAGUUAUGCUGUUGAUGGGUCUAGUGUAUCGUCUGCGCCGCUUGAAUAUUCGUCCUCAUUUGAUUCGAGACCAAAAGGUGGUAAAAUGGGCUUAUGA